GUUGACACAUGAUUGACACUGACGUUUAUUUAAAUCUAACUUCACAUCGGUCUGAGUGAAGAUUUUUGUCGGAGUUGUCUGCAGGUGAUUCUUUGUAAAACGGGUAACAAUGGGGCACGGAUUCGGUCAAUUGUACAAACUGCGAGGUAUUAUUACCUACAAAAUCUCCCACUUCGAACAAAAAGCCUUUACUGGAAUGAUAUCGCAUGGAGUUCCAAACACCAUCAGAAGAAUACUAGACCAGGUUCUCUACGUUGUGCCCCCACUUGGAAUUGGAUAUAUAGUGUAUGAUCAAGUUGAAAAGGAACACCACAGAUUGAUGUUGAAAAAUCCAGCUGAUUAUGAAAAUGAUAAGUGAAUAAAGUGAUAGUCUUCAAUUGUAGGUUAAGUUAACAGUAAAAAACUAUUAAAAUCCAA